AUGUCAAAGGAUGGACUUCAGAAAGGUGCCAUGUUCAUGGCAGGUCUGACUCUUUUGCAGUCUCUCCGUGUGGCUUUAACUGGAGCAAAGUUUGCAAUGGAUAGAUUUAAAAUUCCUCAACAACAUGUCAGUUCGUUCAUUAACAUGGUCCAUAAUCCUAUGGAACUUGCAACGUUUACUGGGAUCGUUAUUAUAAAUAUUCUUUCGUGGACAGGCGAAUGGUUUAACAAAUCUUCCAAGUGGUUUGCCAUAUUUACUAAUGCUACACUAUGCUGUUCAUUCAUCCUACUUCUCUACGCAUUCACUUCUGGAGGCUCGUUGGGUAAUCUCACCUUUUACUACUGGACCAUUGUAUUCGUCUCAUUUAUCUAUGGACUGAAUGUGGCAGCUGUGAUGAAUGUUGGAAGUGCAAAUGCUUCCUUUUUCAAUGUAGGAAUUCCUCUCUCUGGUAUCCAAGUUUGCAUCUACUACUAUGUCUUUGCUAAACUUGCUGAGAGGUAUCAGUGGUCAAACAUUAGUUACAGGAUUAUAUUCUGGCAACUCGUCAUUGCAAUAAUUAUAUCUGCAGCUUCCGCUAUUGUAUGGAUUGCUGUUGCUACUGGUCCUAUUGAUAAUAGUAGUAAUCCUGGUCAAUAUAUUGGUUUGGCUGGUGUAUCUCCAAUUUUAAUGGGAAUGGUGGGUAUGGGUGGUAUCUAUGCCUUUUAUCCUGCUAUUGCACCUUAUAAAUUAACAGAUGUUGGCACUGGAUAUACUAUUGACCUGGUGGUUUUAUUUGUUAGUGCAGUACCUGGUAUUUUAAUUGUCAUCCUAUGCGCUUGUAGCAUUGGUCCAGAUCGCCCAUGGAAUACUAGUGGACAUAAAUGGUGGCAUGCUGCUUGGAGUCUAGCACUUCCACAUAUUACUGCUAUGGUCUUGUGUUUGUGCACACUUCAUUAUCCAGAUAGUAGACUAGCUGCCUCUAUAAAGAGCAGCGGUUUAAAGGUUGGAGUGAUUACUGUGACCUUAAAAUUUUGUGAGGAAGGAUUAAAGGCUGUGUCUUAUGCCGGUUCUGGUAAGCAAGUAGAUCAGUGCAGCGAAGGUAUUAUUUCAUCCUUGAAUACGUUCACAUCCCAAGGUUUAAUGAUCAUCUUGGCCUUUACUGGAGAUGGUUACCUGAAGACCUACUCUAAAUAUGAACAUGAUCGGAGUAAGUGGCCUACUAGGAAUUUUGGCUUCUGGAGGUCCAUCUCUUACUGGGCAGGUAAUGGAGCGUAUGUGGCAUGUAAGAGUGUCAAAUCAUCCUUUACCACUAAUGUUAGAUGCAAAGUUUUGGGUAAAUCAGAAGCUUUACUUAUCGUCUAUGCGGACGAGGAAUUUUAG